AUGACGCUGUGCGGCCGGCUCCUGGGGCUUCUGGCCGCCGCCUCCGCCCUAGUCACGCGCUGCGAUGCCGGCAGCAGCUUCAUCGACUUCCGCUCCGUGGACGGCGAGCUCAAGGCCGACAACGAGACGUUCCACAUCAAGGGCAUCAACUGGUUCGGCGCCGAGACCAUCGAGCUCGUGGUGCAGGGCUUGUGGCCGUCCGCCACGUCCAUCGGCGACGCCAUGGACCUCUUCACCACGUACGACAUCAACGCGCUGCGGCUGCCGUUGGCCAUGGACUCGGUCAUGGACGACCCGACGGUCAAGAGCACGCAGACCGGGGGCAGCCCCUCGCUGGCGGGCAAGUCGUACCUCGAGGUGCUGGACGUGAUCGUGCGGGAGGCGCGCAAGCGCAACAUCCUCAUCAUGUUCGACAGCCACCGCAUCGAGGCGUCCGAGCCCGACUUCCCGGACAUCGCAGUGCCCGACGACAUCACUCCGGCCCUGCAGAAACUGGCCACGAGGUACUGCGACGACCCGGGCGCCUGGAACGUGUUCGCCAUGGACAUCAAGAACGAGCCCAAGGGCAAGGCCACGUGGGGAAAAGGAGACGAAGACACGGACUGGAACCUGCAGGCGGCCAAGAUCGGCAACGCCGUGCUCAAGAAGUGUCCGAGGCUGUUGAUCUUUGUGGAGGGCGUGCAGACGAAUAUUAAGGGUGUGAGCUUGGAGUGGGGGCAGGCCGGGGGAUCUCUACAGGGAGCCAAGAAGUACCCCGUCAAGCUCAGCAACAUGGAGCGGCUGGUGUACAGCCCCCACUUGAUCUCGCCGGGUGUUGACUACAAGGCGCCGUGGUGGAGCGACUCCAACUUCCCGGACAACAUGCCGGAUCUCUGGGACGAAUACUUUGGCUUCGUGCCCAAGGAAACCGGUCAAGCAGUGGUGGUCGGAUCGUGGGGUGCUCAUAUGAAGGACAAGAACAAACAAUGGGCCAAUGCUGUGUCGGCGUAUCUCGAGGAGAAAUCCAUUGGGUCGUUCUACUGGGCUUUUAACCCCCAGUCUGCUGAUACUGGCGGCUUUGUGAAGGACGACUGGGUUACGGCCAUCGACGAACGCGUUGCGCUGUUGGAGUCGCUGCCUACGACCAGCGUUGAGGAUAUCGUCGCUAUUUACGCCAAGUGUACCAAGACUUGUGCUGGAAAUGGCGGGUGUGAAGGUGGCAAGUGCAUUUGCUACUCGGGAUGGAGCGGACCCCAGUGCGAGAUCUGCUCCGAGGGCGACACUGGAGCCUGUAACGACAUGGGGACGUGCUUGGGUAACAGUACCUGUGCAUGUGACGACGACGCGGACGGCAAGUACUGUGCUGGCACGGAGUGUGACGAGGUCGACUGUGGCGAUGGAGACAACGCCGGCUGUUUCAAUGGCGAGUGCACGUGCCUCUACAAUUGCGUCGGCAACUCUUGCACAGUCUGCGCUGUCACUGAGUCGGCCCUCGCGGACGCUACAAACGGAGCUACUGUUCUGUGCGAUGCGUGCGAUGCCCAAGAACAACACGACUUUUCGUCCGCCAUCACAUCGCAGUCUGCCUCAGUAGGAUCGACUGUAUUUGCUGCCAUCGCUCUGAUCUUCUCGUGUUUCCUUUAAUGCUAUGCUUUCGAGCUACAUGUAGUAGUACAGAGAGUAACGGCAAUAAGAAAGGGUCAACAACUUAUAGUUC